ACGGGAUGGGGACUACGCGAGAGAGAGAGAGAGAGAGAGAGAGAGAGAGAGAGAGGGGAAAGGAGCGAAUUGGGGUUGAUUUGGAGAGGUAAAAGAGGAGGAACUAGGUCAAAUCCGAGCCCUCGAGCAUCUAAUUCGCGGAUUUGGGGGAAUCGCUCUUCGGGAAUUCGCUUGAUUCGCCCCUCGACGCUCGGAGAAAGGCGAGGCCUUUGAUUUGGGAGGAGCGGGGUUGAUGAGAAGCGCGUGGAGUGAAAAAGAAGCUAGAUCCUAAGUUGUUCCUCCUCUCUGAGCUCGGAGGAGUUGAAGCGGGGUGGUGGAGCGAGGUGAUUUGAUAAAAGUUGUGGUCUCUUUCGACCUCGUCUCUGUUUCCUUCUCCGAUCUCUUUAUCGGCACCGCCGAAUUUGGGCGAUUUGAGUCUUGGAGCUGUUUGGCGAGACAUAAUUAGUGGUGUCGCAAUAAUACCAAAUUUCACUGCUAUUUGUUGGAUUCUUCUGCUCGAUCACAUCUUCGUGUAGUCAAUGCAGCUCAUGGCCGAUUACAGCGUGGGGUUUCACCAGGGUUCGAUUUCGUCAUCAAACUAUGAUCACAAUCUGGUUUCUUUCCAGUCAGAGGCAAGUCAUGGCAGCUCUGUGAUAGCGAAUGGGUUUAUGAGCAUCUCAGAUGGUAAUAGAAACUCUGGUGGGAUGUCUUUAUCCGGUAAUCCUAGUGCAGUUAAUAAUAUGCCUGCAUUUAGUAGUCCAUCGGCGAGCUCUUCAAGCAAUGGUCUUACUGGCUUGAUGCCCAAGUACAAGCAUGUCACAGUGUCACCGGCCUAUUGGUUUCCAUAUGAACUGGCCAUAUUGAAGGAGGGCCUCAUCAGCUAUUUCAGACAUGCUCAUGAACCAAAUAUAAUGAAGUAUAUCAAGAUAGCAGCAAUGCUGCCUACAAGAACGGUCAGGGAUGUUGCCCUGAGAUGUUGGUGGAAUGCUCAGAACAAGGAUUUCGGAAGGAGGAGGAAUUCUGAAGAACAUUAUGCGGGAGGAAAGCUAACAGACACGAAGAUGGUGGCUUCUACUUCAACAUGUAAUAAUCAUUUAGCUUCCCCAAGCGAUGUGGCUCCUUUUUCACUCACGAGAUAUCAUUCGAGCCAAAAAGUAAAGGUUACUAACGAAGUUCCUAUUUUAGACAGUGCGACACGGCACCUUCUUGAUGAAAGCGAACAACUUCUUAUCCAGAUCGCAUCAAAUCUUGAAUUGUUCAAGAUACAGGAGAAUAUGGAUCCUUUUCUUCGCACAAGUAACAACAUCGCAGCAAUUUUGAAUAGAAUGAGUCAGACUCCUGGGAUUAUGUGCCGGAUGCCUCCUUUGCCCAUUUCACUUAAUGAGGAACAUCUAAAUUCACUUAUCCAAUUUAGCAGAAGGGCUGUUCCAUACGGCGCACCAAGUGACUCGCAUUUGGAGCAAGAACCGAGAUGCUGAUGGCAGAGUCCGACCUCAUGUAAUUACAGAGUUUCUUCUGUAGAUGCAGCGACAAAAUGGGAGCUUCAUCCAUUACAUACGAAUUUUUCCGAGGAAGAUCCCAUUACAGCAGUAGUAAUAAUCCUCACGCUGACCGAAGAAUGCUCGCCUUCCUGAUAACGUUUGUAGCCGAUUGCUUCGUAGGAGCACCUGGAAACAGUUUUUGUGCUUGUUCGUUCUCAAUUUAUUCAUUUACAGAAAAGAUUUCGACCUUCCCAGUUCAUAGUUAACCAAUGUAUAUAGUGGAUAGAUGAUUCAUGAUUUAGUAGACGACUCGGAUCGCGUUUAUUGCAUCUUAACUUUGUAUUCAUACGUUAAUGUAAGAUUUCCUAAUUUCCAUAGUAUUAUGCACUGCUCCAGAGUUUUUUUGGUUUA